AUGGCCGGAUCGCUACGAUGGAGAGGGCAUCGCCGCGAAAGACGCAGUGUAUCGUUUCGUGACCCACCUUUGGAACCGCCAUCGUGCUUAGCGUUUAAAUACGGAGCUCCAGAUGGUGUGCGAACUCCAGAGUCGGGAGAGACCGUUCAUACUCGUGGCUCAGCUUUUAUUGGUGAUACUUCUUAUGGCGCGACGUACAGAUUCCCGUCAUCGUUUGAGAUUGAAAAAAUGAAGAACUCAUAG